AUGGCGUCCGAGGCCAGCGGCAUCUCGCUGUGUCUCACUCAGGACGUGGAGGUGAGGGAAACCGGUAAUCUAACUCACCUGGCGACACACCUACGUUCACUACACCUCGUGCGAAGUCCAACGACUGUUUUCUACAUCAUCUACCCCAAGCUCUCAAAGAUGGACAGCGACAAGAUCGAGCCCUAUGGAAACUGGGACGGUCACUUUACGUGGCACGGGAAGUUCAUGCGGGAGUAUGUAAAGCUAGUCACUCGAAAGUACGACAAGCAUGACCCCCGAACUUGGCCUCUGAUACACAGGAGUGCUUCAACCGAGACUGGGUUCAACUACGGAAACAGCAAGUUCAUCCCAGAAUAUAUGGUCUACGACCAGGCGCUCAUGGAAAGAAUGGACAAGUGUGAUAUUCUCCGGAUUUCACGAAACAGGACCACAACAGGGGGAAAGAAUGGACUCUUCUGUUACUACCCUUUCAACUACGAUCGUCAUGGUGAACUCCGAAAAUAUCCGCAUAUACCUUCUGAAGAGCUCGAGGAGUGGAUGAGCAGAACGACCCGCCCGGUACCGACUACACAUGAGAAGGCAGACACCGAGAACACGCUUUCCAACGAAGACGCCAUAGAAGACAGCUCAUCGAAAGCAGCCAUUCAUGAGAUCAUGAAGAUGCUCGACGAUACAGAUACAGCGACUACCACCAGAGUGACUGAGCUGGAAGAAGAGCUCGGCGAGACUAGGAAGGAAGUUUUGGAGGCAAACAUCAGAGCUGAUAGCGCUGAAAAGAGAUCUACUCAGAUGGGAGAGCACUAUCAAGCGGCUUGGAAAGAACGCUCUGUAAAGGCCAAGGAGCUGGUGGAUGAACACAGAGAACAGACGCGCAAGCUACUUUUGCAGCAAAGGACCAAUCUUAGCAACGCAAAGGCGUUGUUGGCGACUGUAACAUCAAAAUACGACGAAACGAGAGCAGGAGCCCAGAUUGCAGACAAAAAGAUCAAAGAGCUCGAGGAACGUCUGGUAAAGGUGGAAAGGAUCCACAAGAGGAGUACAGAAGAGGUCGCAAGGCUUAAGGAUCAAGUCAAGCAGGGCAACCGAGAUACUGCGACAGCACAGCAACAGGCAGCGGCAGCGAAGCAGGAAACGAUGGUGGAAAAGCAGCAGAUCUUCAGAAUUUUGGAAGAGAUGAAGAAGAAGAAGCAGGGUACAAGUUUGCAGAAGAAGAAAGCGGAGGACGAAAUCGCAGAUCCACCGCGAAAGAAGCCAAAGAUCGAGGUUUGA